CUACCUUCAUAAACUCGCUGAAAUGCAUCAUAUUGACUUGGAAAAUUAGAAAUAUUGUUGGCAAGAGUUUAUAAUUUUUAGUGCAGUUUAGUAUACGAUUUGACCGCACAUAAAAAAUACAUAUAAUCUUGAAACAGUACAAUGGCUAACCAGAAGAAACCAAAAGUGCUUCUGUUCGAUAUCGGUGGCGUCUGUGUCAUCUCACCUUUCCAGUCCAUAUUAGAUUAUGAACUGAGUCUGGGGAUACCACCUGGCUGGAUAAACUAUUCCAUCUCCAAAACAGCACCCAAUGGUUUCUGGCAUAGGUUGGAAAGGGGCGAAAUUAUCUUGGAUGAUACGUUCUACGCCGGCUUCAAUGAAGACUUACAUGAUCCCGUGCGAUGGGACGCAUUCUACAAACUCCAGCAGUCGAAGAACCCAAGCCUCCCCAAGGAGGUUCCUCCACUUCCGAAUCUCGACGCGCAUUGGCUCUUCAACGACAUGAUGACGGCAUCAACCGCCCCAGAUCCGUGGAUGCAUCCGGCGCUCGAGAGUCUAAAGGCUAGUGGGAAAUUCAUCCUAGGUGCACUUAGCAAUACCGUUAUCUUCCCUCCAGGCCAUGCACUCCAUCGGGAGGAUUUCUUCGCCGAACCAAUCAGGAACCUGUUCGAUAUUUUCGUGUCGUCAGCGCACGUAGGACUACGGAAGCCGGACCCCAAGAUAUAUGAGUACGCGCUAAACGAAGCAGAUAAAUUCGCCAAGUCUCAUAUAGAUGAGGCGCGAGGGCAAUCGUUGGAUUGGAAAGAUGGUGUAAAGCCGGAGGAGAUCGUUUUUCUCGAUGAUAUUGGUGAGAAUCUUAAAGCAGCUAAGAAAGUAGGGUUUCGAACUAUCAAAGUGCCAUUGGGAAAGGCCUUCGAGGCAGUUGACGAACUCGAGGCUAUCACUGGUCUUGUAUUAGCUGGCAACCAUCCUAGGAUACCUAUCAAGCCGAAGUUAGGAACCACAAAUGCCAAAUUAUAGUUACCUAGAUAAGAAUAGGGAUACCAUAUAGCUAGGUUCAUUUUGUGGAGUGGAGAACUGAGAGCAGGAUGAGAAUUAUUUUACGAUAAUGUCUGUUGAUGGAUAGACGUUGAUAAUGGAUCUCGUUGCUACCCGCUAGUAGCUGCUUAGUAUGUACCUAGGCAACCAGAUAACUUGUUGUAUCCAUAUUCGUACCGAAUCUAUUAUAUCUUGUCCGAUGUUAGGCGUCAAUAUCUGCGAUGUUGUACCAUGGUGUGUGAUUUCUAGGUAGUUUU